CGAGCCCGUCCCACCUCCAUCAUCCCCUCCCUCUCCCAAUGCGCACAGCGCACCGCGUGCGCUAAGCUCUCAGCGCCGCGCCCGGACCAUCGUAGAGCGGCACCGCCAGCGCUGCCCGGGGUGGCCAUGAGCUCGCUCUCGCCCCUCUCGCCGGCGCCGUCGAGCGAUGCGGCAGCGGGGCACUCCGACUCGCCGCCCGCCUCAGCCUCGGCCUCGACGCACUCGCUCGCACUCGCCACCGCCCUGCAGCGCGCCGGCCUGCCCGAGGCCUCUCGCAACCGCGCCGGCCUGCUCUCUCGUGCACCGAGCGAGUCAGAUCCGCACCUGCCCGGCGGCUCACGGCAUUCGCAGCACGAGGAGCACUUGCUGCUGUACGACGAGGAAGAUGGCUACACCGACGGCAGCGGCCGCGAUGAGGAUCUGCCUCGCCGCUUCGCCCAGUCGGCGCAGCAGCAGGCUGGUACCGCUUCGGCCUCGACGUCCUCCUCGCCCCAGACGCCGCUCGCCGCUGCGCUCGGGCCGCGAGCACAGCGCGGCGACGCGGAGCCCGGCGGGGGCCGCCGCAGCAGUUCAGCGACUGGCUCGCGCUUGGCAGAGCUGCACGCGCGAAGCAGCAGCACGGGCGACUCUGCCGAGAGCUCGUUGCACAGCGGCAGCGGCUACAGCGGCGGGCCUUCGUCUUCCAGCGGCAGCGCACGCGGCGGCGCAGGCGACACUGCCGCGCCUACGCCGCAUUCCGGACGCAGCUCCUUCUCCGUGCCGAGCGCGCCCACGUCGGCGGCCAGUUCCAUCUCCGGAGGGCAUCGUGGAGACGGUCGUGCUGGCUCUUCAGCGCGGGUUUGGGCACAACAGGCUUCGUCGUCGCGCAGUGGACAUCGCAGUGGGGACGUGAGCGAAGACGGAGGUGCGAGCUUGGGGAGAGCCAAGAGCGUCAGCAGCGUCAGCAGCGUCAACUCGACGAGCAGCAUCGAGGCACUGCCCUUUCGCGCGGCGCCGCUGGGCAACACGCGCGUCGGCUUUGGCGGGUAUGGCGGCAUGGGAGGGUCAAGAAAUGGAGGGAUGGGCAGCGGCGGCGGCGGCGGUGGAGGAUGGCCGACGAGAAGAGACGCAGAUGCAGCAGCAAUGCCCGUCUUUUCAUCGCCGAACAACGACACGACACCAAGAGCAGGCGGCGGCAGUGCCGUGUUCGACGCAUCCAUGUCUCCUCUCACGCGCGCACGCAUCCUGCCAAAGGCGCCAUCCGACGCCUGGCUCUACCGCAACGCGCCGGGCAUGGGCGGUGGUCGAGACGGACGACCGAUUCCUGGAAGCGCUCCGCCUCCGCAAGCACAGAGCAUUGCCGCUGAGCAUCUGCGACACUUGCAAGCGGCCGGCGCAGGAGGCAGCGGAGGCUUCCUAGGCGAUGGCAGUGGCUCCAUGCCUUCUACGUCGCCCACGCGCACGAGAGCAGGCGCGGCCAUCAGGAGCAAGCUGGCGCGCAGCGCUGGCAAGCUGGGACUCAAGCCGCUGACGAGCAUGCCGCUCGGUGCCGUCGCGCCUGCAUCGUUGCCGAUCGGCACUGCAGUGCCCUUCUCGCCCGGCGCGCUGGGUGUCGAGGAGGACUAUCCGCUGCAGCCGCUGCUGGCCGACAUGUCCGGGCUAGGCCUGGGAGAUGUGGGCGUACGCACUAGCAGCGUGACGAAUGCGCCGCUGGUCGUGCCGAAGCAUCCACCGGGUCCGCCGGGCACUGGACCCUUGCCUUCGCCCGGUCUGACGGGCGCUGCAGCAUCGAACGGAGGCAGUCCAGGCUUCCUUCUCAGCGGGCCGAGUCCGCGCGUCUCUCCGCACGCGCUCGAGCGAGACGAAGACGUGCUGUCGCGACGAGGGGCGGCGAUCGGUGUGCCCUCGCCGCCCGGCUCGACUGUCGAUUCCUCUGCGCUUUCUACGACGGCUUCGCCACGCGCCACCUCUCCUUCUCCGGCCGCACAAGUGGCUCGCACCGGCAGCCCCAAUCUAGUCGGCACCAGCAGCUCUCGACGGCCGAGCAGCAGCAACGUGCACAGCCUGCUCGCCGCCGUCGGCGGCAAUGCGUCGGGAGCAUUUAGCAGUUCGAGUCGCGGCAGUUCCUCCAGCAUGCUCUCGCAGGGCCCGACACCCGCGCAGCAAGUGCAACUCGACGCUGAAGCCGGCAUUGCGCGCGCGCCGGCAGAGCCCAGUGGCGAUACGCCCGGACCAUCGCCAGUGAGCCCCUCUUCCUCGCCCGUCUAUCAACCUCAGCGCGGCUCGGGCGUGUUUCUCACUGCUGCGGCACGCGCGGCUCGCUUCGGAGGGCUGGCGUCGAACAACCCCUCGGCGCCUUCUUCGCGCGCUGCGUCGGACUAUGGCGGCAAGGGAGAGGCUAGUGCGGCUAGCAGCAGUGCAGGCAACAGCGGCGGCAGUGCACCUCCCAUCGUGCAGUCUGCAGCGCGUCGGCCUCGUCUGCUGCGCGCACUGACGAGCGAAGGAGCCAUGUCGCACCACAGUCGGUCAAGCGAAGGCUCUUCCGAGCCAGAGUCGCCCAACAGUCUCAGUCCCGUGUCGCCUGGUGGAGCGAGUGGCGCAGCACCACCACGGCCUCGCUCGUGGCGCCGAGGAGGCAAAGGCUCAGAUGAGCCCGGCAGCACGAGUCGCUUCCGAAGCGCUCUUGCAAACACUCUCGGCACGAGAUCGCCUUCGCCUCGUCUGCCUGCCAGUCCUGAGGUGCCGCACGAGUCGCUCGACGGCGUCUCGCGUGCGCCGCUCAACCCCUUUGCUGCACCGCGCAUCACGCCGACGCUCGAUGAGGGUCCGCUAGGCGAGCCGCUGCAGGGGUCGCCACGCACAGCUCCGCAUCGUCCGUCGCUGCAGCCGUCGUAUCCAUCCACUGCCGUCUCUCUCAACUCCACCAGCACCGCGGCCAUCUCGAUGCGCGCGCCUCAGCGCGUCGUGGCCUCGCAGGUCGAGCCUCCGACAUUCGCACUCGACUCACCGUCCCUUUCGACGCCUGCCUCUUCUCUUGCCCCUCCUUCGUCGCUCGCACAGGCAGGCGCCCCUUCGCUCUCGCCGACGCGAGAAGUCACGUCGCCGAUGCCCGAGAGUGCAGCGUCGCCUUCGGAUCAAGCGACCGUGCUUCCGUCCAGUGUCGAGACAGCCGUGCCUCUGCCGCCUCCUGCCGCCGCUGCCGCUCCCUCUCGCACCGCACGAGGUCGAGACGACUUUGAAUUCGGUGAGGUGCUGGGCGAGGGCUCCUACUCGACGGUCAUCGAGGCGUGGGAUCUCCUCUCUGCGCCUCGCGCCCUCGAUGCGCCCAAGCCGCUCUCCGCCAACGCCGCCAUCGCAGGCGCCGGCUCGGCGGCGCGCAGUGCAGCGGCGCGCAACGAGGGACGCAAGGCGUAUGCGGUAAAGGUGCUCGACAAGGUACACAUCCUCAAGGAGAAGAAGCAGAAGUACGUCUCGGUCGAGAAGGAGGCGCUGAGCCUGCUGCUGCGCCACCCCGGCGUCAUUACGCUCUUCUGGACGUUCCAGGAUCGCGACAGUCUGUACUUCGUCCUCGAGCUGGCGCCCAAUGGCGAGCUGCUGAGCUUCAUCAAGCGCUUCGGCUCGUUUGACUCUGCCUCGGCGCGCCACUACGCCGCACAGCUCGUGGACACCAUCGCAAGCAUGCAUGCGGUAGGCGUGGUGCAUCGCGACAUUAAGCCCGAGAACGUGCUGCUCGACGGCAACAUGCGCAUCAAGGUUGCCGACUUUGGCUCGGCCAAGAUCACGCGCAAGAAGAGCGGUGCCGCCGCGGCGGCGCCCACCACAGUGCCAUCUGAGGCGGAGCCGCAGCGGGCGAGCUCUUUCGUGGGCACGGCGGAGUACGUCUCGCCCGAGCUGCUGACCGAAAAGGCCGCGACCGAGGCGUCCGACUGGUGGGCGUUCGGCUGCGUGCUCUACCAGAUGAUCGCGGGCCGGCCGCCGUUCAAGGGGCCCAACGAGUACCAGACGUUUCAGCGCAUCAUCCGGCGGGACUUUGACUAUCCGGACGCGUUCCCCGCCGACGCGCGCGAGCUCGUCGACCGCCUGCUCGUGCUCGACCCGAUGCAGCGCCUGGGCACGGGCGCCGAGGGCGUGGCAGAGAUCAAGGCACAUCCCUUCUUCAAGGGCGUCGACUGGGCCAGGCUGUGGACGCUCGAGGUGCCGCCGAUCAGCACGGGCAUCUUCCAGCGUCCGCGGCCCGCCGCCGCGCCCGAGGGGUCAACGCCGUUCGAUCGCUUUGGGCGCGAUGCGUGGGUUGAAGAUGCGCUUGCGUCGUCGGACGAGGAUGGUGAUGAGGCGUCGGGCGACGUGUCGCUCAGCGGCGAUGCCUCGCACGACGAGGCCUCGCUGCCGCCGUCGUCGGCGGCGUCGCAGGCACGCGGAGGCGCAGAGGCCGACGACGACGACUCUUCGAGCUCCGACGGCCCGCCGGCGCCUCGUCGGCGAGGCCUGUCGCAGAACGGCGGCACCGGCAGCCGGCGAGGCAGCCACAUUCUGCGCGUGGCCGCGAGCAUUGCCGGCAUAGCCGACUCGGCUCGCGGACGCAGUGCGUCGCAGCAACAGCAGCAGGCGGCGCUGGGGCGGCCCGUCGCCCUGCGGCAUCUGCAGAAUCGCUUCAGUACGGCAUCGAUGAACACGAGCUCUUCGUCGCUCAACAACAACGCAUCCGAGUUCGACACGCCGAGCGGAGGCAGUCGCACGCCCGCUGCGCAGCUGCAGGCCACGAGCUGGGCCGCGCUGCUGCUGCCGCACGAGGCGCUGCUCUAUGCCUGUCCCAUCACGCAGCGCAAGGCAGGCGCCUUUCGCUCCACCUCGAAGCGAAGGCAGUUGCUGCUGACGGACUUUCCGCGCCUGCUGUGCGUCAAGGAGACGCAGGACCAGCUGCUGGUCAAGAGCGAAGUCAUCCUUGGCAUUCCCACGGCUGCCUCUUCAGCGGCCUCGCGCACUGCAUCGCCGCAGCACGAGGCGCGCAAUUCGUUGCGCCCGCAGACCAGUCAGGACAUGCUGCGGCAGACGAGCGCGGGGCCGACUCUCGGCGGCGCAGAGACGAGCGAGCCGCUGGCGGCCAGUCCACGACUGCGCGCCGUGCGGCGCGACAGUCUUCCGGCGGCCGCCUCGCCCCAGCUGGCCGCGGGCGUGCUCGACCGCGCGCCCAACUUCAUGACGGGCAUCGAGGCCAAGGGCACGCGCGGCUUUGUCGUGCAUACUCCAGCGCGCUCCUACACAUACGAAGAUCCCGGCGGCGAUGCGUCGUACUGGCUGCGCUCCAUCACUGCCGCAGCAGCUCGUGGUCGCUGAGAUGUGGCCCGGCCGCGAGCAGCCUCUGCGCCACCCCCUCGACGUCUCACCGGCCUGCACCCUCUCUCCUCCGCAUCCCUCAUCCGGCCCCUGGUCACAUGCCCAAUCUCCUCCUCACUUACCACUCGCCUCAUCCUCUCGCCAUGGCGCAUCAUGACUUGUUGUCCCGGCACAUAUUCACACACACUGGCCAGUCACGUAACACCGAAGUCGUCAUCGU